AUGGAAACUAAGGGAGAAGUGGAAAAAGAGAAUACACCAACAAGAAAGAAGGCUAAGAAUUCACCAUCUCAUGAGAUCCCACUAGAGCUUACACCUCAAACAACGCCAGUUCCAUUUUUCAGAGUUGUAGAUGUGUUGCACCAAAGCCCAUGCUAUGCGAAGUUCCCGAAGGAAAUUUUGUCAAACAACAGGAAACUGGAUGAGGAAGACAUGGUCAUGCUUACGAAGGAAUGCAAUGCAAUUCUUCAAAAAAAAUUACCACCAAAACUUAAAGAUCCAGGAAGUCUUACUAUCCCCUAUACUAUAGGAAAUAUUCAAUUUGAUAGAGUUAUAUUUGAUUUGGGUGCUAGUGUUAAUUUAAUGCCUCUUUUUGUUUUCAAGAAGCUUGGGAUUGGAGAAGUGAAGCCUAUAAUGAUGUGUAUGCAACUAACAUCUAGAUCAAUUACGUAUCCCUGGGGUAUUGUUGAAAAUGUUUUGGUUAAGGUGGCAAGUUCAUUUUUCUUAGCAGAUUUUGUAGCACUCAAUAUGGAAAAGGAUAAGAAAAAUCCUCUUAUUUUAGGCCGAUCGUUCCUUGCUAUUGGAAGGAUGUUGAUUAAUGUUCAAUUAGGGAAGCUCAUUAUGAGGGUGUAG